CGCGUCCGUCCGCGGCCAGGCAGCGGUGGGGAUGGCGAGCCGCGGAACCGGGGCGGUGACGAGCGCAGCGGCUCCGCCAUUGGGCAAGGAGGCCUGAGGGACGGGCUGCCCGGCUGGGUGCAGCAGGGACACCGGACACGGCAGCCUCGGCAGGGCGAGGGCGAUGGAGGCCAACGUGCCGCCGAAGCGGAAAGAGCCAGCCAAGUCCCUCCGCAUCAAAGUCAUCUCCAUGGGCAACGCCGAAGUGGGGAAAAGCUGCAUUAUAAAGCGCUACUGUGAGAAGAGGUUUGUGUCCAAAUACCUGGCGACAAUCGGAAUUGACUAUGGAGUCACCAAGGUCCAAGUCAGAGACAGAGAAAUCAAAGUUAACAUCUUCGACAUGGCUGGACACCCCUUCUUCUAUGAGGUACGAAAUGAAUUUUACAAGGACACACAGGGUGUGAUACUGGUCUAUGACGUUGGACAGAAAGACUCGUUUGAUGCCCUGGAUUCAUGGCUGGCAGAAAUGAAGCAGGAACUUGGGUCUCACGGGAACAUGGACAAUAUUGUCUUUGUUGUAUGUGCCAACAAGAUUGACUGCGCCAAACACCGAUGUGUCGAUGAAAGCGAGGGGCGUCUGUGGGCUGAAAGCAAGGGUUUCCUGUACUUCGAAACGUCAGCACAAACUGGAGAGGGAAUCAGUGAGAUGUUCCAGACCUUUUACGUGUCCAUAGUGGACUUGUGUGAAAAUGGCGGGAAGCGCCCUACUGCAAAUAACAGUGCUAGUUUCACCAAAGAACAAGCAGACACCAUUCGCAGAAUCCGAAACAGUAAGGACAGUUGGGACAUGCUGGGAGUCAGACCUGGGGCCUCCAGGGAGGAAGUCAAUAAGGCCUACCGGAAGCUGGCUGUGCUGCUUCACCCCGACAAAUGUGUUGCGCCCGGCAGUGAAGAUGCCUUCAAAGCGGUUGUGAAUGCCCGGACAGCCCUCCUGAAAAACGUCAAGUAGAAGGCAGAGGAAGCGACAGGCGACCUCAAGUGCAGACUCCCCUGAGGUGAAAUAACCAGCGUGGAUUUUUCCUUCCCAGAUGCUCACCGUUCGGUUCCCUCAUGUGCUGUCAUUUGUGAGUUAAUAGUGUGGGUGCCUGUACCAUGUUGUGGGCCUUUCGCAAUGAGAUGACCUGCUUUUGUGUGAGGGAGAGCCCCACGUCUCCUAUGCACUGCAUUUCAUUUCUUAUUGCCAGAUAACUCAGUGUUUGUAAUUGUGGCAUCGCUUAGGCAUUGGCUUCUGAGAGUCCGUGGGGCUUCUAGAGACGGGGAGGGCAGCAGGACGCUUUGACUCACCCGCCUCUCCUCCCCCCGACCCAUCCAUCCAUGUACCAUCAUAGAGAAGGGAAUAAAAACAGAAAGGAGAACGACAGGGGUGAGUGGACGGCACCCCGCCCCAGGAGUUUAGCAUCCCCGCUUCUUGUCUAUAGUUAGAGUCAAGCACGGUAGCAUGUGCCUAUAAUCCCAGCACUCAGGAGGAUGAGGCAGGAGGAUUGUGAGUUUGAGGCCAGUCUGGAUUAUAUGCGAGACUCUCUCAAAGAAAAAAAGGAAAAACAAGCACCCUUGAAGAAGAAUGUAAAGUGAGUUGACACUGUUCUGUCGGCCUGCCCUUCUAGGACAUUCACUCUGUUCCCUCUUCAGCCAGCAGGGGGAGAGACGAGCCAGCGCUGAGAGAGAAAGGUAGUGUCCUCAGGAGCUGGGGACCCUGAAGCCUGCCCUGGAUCCUAGGUCUUGGCUCUGCCCUAGUAGCAAGCAGCAAGGAGUGCUGUGCCUCUGGGGAACGAGGGACCAGAGGCCAAGACAGAAUCACUGAGAAGGCGUGCUGUAGAUUACUCGGGAGUGUGCACUCAGCCACACCACACAGGGAAAGGCCAGCUGAGCUCGGGUGUGUUGGGCACCAGGAGGGUCCCUCCAGAAGACUUGUCCCUCUCCUUGUUCCUCACCACAGGUGGUGGGAGAGGCAGGCAGGCACUCUUCCAGAAGCAGGUCUCUUUCUUGGGCACCAGUGUUAAUCCUUUUCUCGCCCAGCUCUAUUGUUACGCCCCACAUCCGCCAUCACCUCUCUCCUUGAAUCCCUAGCGUUGCCCGAGGCUCAGCUGACUUGAAAUAAGUAUGACCUGUUGGGGGCACAGUGGGACAUCCUGAGCCUGGGUAGGGCAGAAUCUCUACAGUUUCUGCUUGGGCUCCAAAUUUCUGAAGAGAUUGUUAAACUAUGAGUUUGAGAACUCGUUUCACAUAGAGACACAUUCCUCAGGCCGUUGUCCCUGCCUGGUCUGCAGGAUGGGGCUGCGUUUCUCACAGCGUAGGGGAGCUGGCUCGUGGCUUGACUCCGGUCCUCAUUCCUAACUGUGUCACUUGUAGUUUUAGCUGCUGCCACCUGCGCUAACUGGAGUUUUGAAGGACACAAAACUGUUACUAGACUGUGACCUUUAAACACCUGUCCCAUAAUGGUUGCCAGAUAACAUCUUUCUCACCUAAGAAGCCAAGCCACUGCAGGCUUCUGGAUUAUUCCCUCCACCAUAGUAGCCUCACUUUGUAUGGCUGUGCUCAGCUGUACUGAGCUUAAAAGUGUUGUCCUUCAUGAAUUCAGAUCUGUGUAAAAAAAAAAAAAAAAACGAUAAAGAGGUCUGGGAUGUGGCUUUAUGAUUUCUUCUGGUCCGAGAACUCCACUCAAGGUUCUUGUGGGCCUCACUUCUGCUUGAGGCUUCCUUCAUGCCUCAUGCACCCCACUGCCCAGCUGCUCUUGGACAGAAGGUGGAGUCACGUGGAUGAGGGAUCAUGCUUGGGGCUGUCAGCCCGAGAGUGGGGCCCAGUCUUCGACACGGUUGUUAAAGACAUCUGUUCAACACCAUGGGCAGAUGAACAGUCACAGCAGGACACUUGAGUGUUCCCUUUCGGGUCCCUCAGAGUGACUUGCUGAAAUGUAGCCUGGGCUUGCCUCUUAGAUCUUGAGACUCUGUUUCUAAGACCUUACUAACAUUUAGGGUGGCUGUAUUCUACUUUAUAUAUGUUGAUGAGAUGAGAAGGUUGAGCCUCAGGGUUCCUGGGUUUUCUGAUUUCUACAAUCCAGCAGCAGGGCUUUAGAACCAUCGAAGCAUGCCUCAAAAUGAGCCUUAGCUUCUUGAGACCCCGUACAGACCCCUGCGUUCAUUCCAGUUCUUGGAACAGGUGUGGGCUUUUUCCUUCAUGCUCUUUACAACUCUUUACCCAGUUAAGAUCUCAGAGUAUCAGCAGGAGUCGCAACUCAGCCACUUCAGCAGCUGAAAACUUUGAUAAAGGACCUCGUGUCCCCCAAAAGGGAUAAACAUUUGACCAGCUGUUAGUAGAGAAAAGCCAUGUCUUCUGCAUCGGAGUCAUCAACAAGGGUCACUUCCUCACCUUGUUGGAAAUCCCUGGUGCAUCUCAGAUCACUCCUCCAACCAUCUGCAGUACUUUCGAAACCCUCUCCUUUCGCGUCAGAGCCGUCUCUCCUUGGUGCCUCCCCAGGAACGGCCCUUCUCCACUGUCAGCAUCUCUUACUUAAGCACUGCCACUUUAUUUCUCCAUUUCAAUGUGUCCUUGGUUUUACCAGCCUGUUAACUUAAGAGUCCAGAUGUUGAGGAUAGAAUCGCUGGCAUCCUGUAGACUACACCAUUCUUUAAGGCUUGUAUUUACCUCAGGAAACUUAUUCUCGUAUGCUCUCACUGGUUGAACUCUCAAGUGAUAAAUACGUCUUUAUACCUGCAAACUAGUUCUUAGUUCAGUGAGCCAUAGGUCGGGCAGCUGGAUGGUCAGUGAGCCAUAGGUCGGGCAGGUGGAUGGUCAGUGAGCCAUAGGUCGGGCAGCUGGGUGGCCGAAAGCUCAUCAGAGUAAAGCAAGGAGUGCCUGCCAGCUCUGAAUCAGGGACAAGUGGCUAGUCCACCUAGAGUGGCAGCCGUCACCAGGAGGACGAGGGGACUGCCUUUGGCAGGGACAGUGCCCUCUUCUAGGUCUGGAAUGGCACUUCCCUCGCACUGCAGGCCAUGGAGCUGAGUCCCCCAGCACUUCUGGAAAACUUUUGAAAAUGAAUUUAGUUGUAAAAUCAAGCUAAGCAAUUUCCACUGCAGGCCACACAAGCAAGGCGCUGUUCCUCCUUCUCCUCCUGGUGCUGAGCACAGUUUUAGACACGGGUAGUGCCCCUGGUGCUGAGCACAGUUUUAGACACGGGUAGUGCCCCUGGACGUGGGUUGUGCCAUUCACUGUCCCUGGGGAGGAUGACUGUGUUCACUUGUGGUGUGGGCGGACAGUGGCUGUGUCUGUCACACAGUGCGGUGCCGAGCUGACUGCUCAAGGCUUUUGGUGGAAGGCCUGUGCCUGGAAAGUUGGGCAGCCUGGGUUAGUCCCCUGCACCGAUUGCUCUCUGCACAUUCUUUCCCUUGACUGUGACUGCUCUUACAAAGUAAUUUACAUAUUUGCUUUCUGUUGAAAUAACUGAAAGUGUUCCAACUACCAGUUGUUUAUGUCUUGUAUACAGAGUGUCAUAUGGAUUUAAGUUGUGUAUUUUUAUAGAGUAAAGUCAAAUAGCAAACCCUG